AUCUUUAUCGGAUUUUGCAUGUUUAUAGCGUUCCACGAUUCAAUAUAAGACAGAAUGUAUCUUCACGCAAAUAAAUGUCAUUUCACUUUUAUUAACUGAUACGUCAAAAUGGAUUUAAAAUACUAUAUGCGCGAUUUAUCGGUGAUGCGAUUGAAUCGUUAUAUAAUGUCUUCUAUGUAGGCGUCAAAAAAACUUAUCAAAAGCUGUUAGUCUGUUGCGAAUAGCGCUUCAUAUUUUUACCAUGUUAAAAAAGAUAUUGACAGUACAAACACCUUUCCAAAAUCUAAAGUUAAUAACAAUGAUCAUUAAAAUAUUUGGUUUACUUUCAUGCAAAUUAGUAAAAGGUCGAUUGAAACCGAGUGCCAGCGGCCGUUGUUAUUGUGCAUUAUGGAUAUUAAUUCAUUGUGUAUACACGGGUACGUUUUACUAUGAGACAUACAUUGCAUUGCUCGAAAAAGAUGCUAAACAAAAGUUCAUAAUAUUUGAAACUGUGCGGUUUACUAUUUUCGUCGCUUCAAUAAUUCCUUACAAUUACGUGGCAUGUUUUCAAGAGCAAGAGUUUAUUAAGUUUUCCGACAAAUUAGAAAUGUAUGAUGACAAGGCAAGAGCACUAGGACAUGAGAGAAAGGAUAAGCACAUAUUCAUAUGGCUAUAUUUCAUAAUAACAGGAUGCGAUUUGAGUAGACGAACAUAUGAUAUUCUUAGUGCAAAUAUAGCGGAUGGAGCGAUACAAAAAAUGAUCGAAGACAUCAUUCCGGCGGCCAUAGGCACCUAUGACAUCUUUAUAACUGGACAAUAUUGAAAUGAUGUUAUAUUUUUAUCAUCGGAGAUAUACCUUCACAGCUGCAG